AUGGGUCUGAUUAUGUCUCGUCGUAUGUUUAGUGAAAUAAUAACUGUUAAAAAUUUGACAUCGGACGUAUCGUCUUAUGAUUCCUUAGUAAUCGUAGCAUCAAAUUUAGGACAAUUAGAAAAAUACGACACAAAUAUAGCUACAGUACUGAAACAAUUUAGUGAAAUUUAUUCACCUACUGGUUCAUUAAUACGUGAUUAUGAUGAUGUUAGAAAAUUUGCUGAUGCAACAGCGUGUGGAAUCAAAAAAGCUUUAUCAAUCGGUUCCAAACGUCCGUUAUUAGCGUGUUUUUGUUCAACAUUCCCAAAAGCAAAAUUAGUCACAUUAUUAUCGGCAUUAGAAACAACCUAUGUGCCGUUACAAAUCCGUGAAGAUAUUAGUGAUCGUGAACAAAAAAUUGAACGUUUAGGUUUUUGGUGUUGUGACAAUAACGACGAGGAGAAAACUGUGAGAUACGCGAAUGCUAUUGAAUUAGGUCGAUGUGUGGCAAGAGAUAUUGGUGGUGGAGAUCCAGAGCGAAUGGCACCACCCAAAUUAGCCGAUUAUGUUGAGAAAACAUUUGCACAUACAACAGUUAAAGUUAAAAUUAUCAAAGAUAAGAAUGAGUUUGAGAAAGAGUUUCCGUGUUUUGCUGCUGUUAAUCGUGCUGCUAGUAUCGUUGAUCGCCAUAAUGGUCGUAUAAUUAUUCUUGAAUAUACAGGUGAAGGCACAGUCGAUUCAACGGUUUUGUUAGUUGGAAAAGGUAUUACAUAUGAUACAGGUGGACUUGACAUUAAAGCGGGUGGUAUUAUGGUUGGAAUGUCCUACGAUAAAUGUGGUGCGGCUGCAGUGGCUGGCUUUUUCAAAGUUCUUGCUGAAUUAAAACCAAAAGGUUUUAAAGCUAUUGGUGUUUUGGCUGUUACAAGAAAUAAUUGUGGUGAAGAGGGAUUUGUUUCUGAUGAAAUUAUAACAACACGAGGUGGAGCAAGAAUACGUGUUGGGAAUACGGAUGCGGAAGAAACAAAUCCUUACCUUUUCACAAUAGCAACAUUAACUGGUCAUAUUGUACGAGCUUAUGGCCCAAAUUAUACAGCUAUUCUGGAUAAUGGUCCAGCUAAACGUGAUAAUAUGAGUCAAAAAUUUCAACAAGUGGGCGAUUUAAUUGGCGAUCCAUUUGAAAUAUCAACAAUAAGAAGAGAAGAUUAUGAUUUUAUUAAAGAUAAAGGUGAAGUAGCCGAUAUUCUACAGUGCAAUAAUGCAGCGAGUAGUGCUACAUCACGUGGGCAUCAAUUUCCGGCGGCAUUUCUUAUACGUGUCUCUGGUUUAGAUAAACAUGGCAUUGAUUCUGAUCAACCGUUACGUUAUUCUCAUUUGGAUAUUGCUGGAAGUGCCGGUCAUUUACCAAAUAAUCCAACCGGCCGACCCAUUCCAAGUCUGUGUGAAAUGUUUAUUAGCCCUAGAAUAUAA